CAUGACUCUGGAGUCCAUGAUGGCCUGUUGCCUGAGCGACGAGGUGAAGGAGUCGAAGCGCAUCAACGCCGAGAUCGAGAAGCAGCUGCGGAGGGACAAGCGCGACGCUCGCCGCGAGCUGAAGCUGCUGCUGCUGGGCACUGGGGAGAGUGGAAAAAGCACGUUCAUUAAGCAAAUGCGUAUAAUUCAUGGUUCGGGCUACUCUGAAGAGGACAAAAAAGGCUUCACCAAGCUGGUGUACCAAAACAUCUUCACUGCCAUGCAGUCUAUGAUCAGGGCCAUGGAAACCCUGAAGAUUCUGUACAAAUAUGAACAGAACAAGGCCAAUGCAGUGCUGAUCCGGGAAGUGGAUGUAGAAAAGGUCAUGACAUUUGAGCAGCCAUAUGUAAGUGCAAUUAAAACAUUGUGGAACGACCCUGGAAUACAAGAGUGUUAUGACAGGAGAAGAGAGUAUCAGCUUUCUGACUCAGCUAAAUACUAUCUUAGCGACGUGGAUCGUAUUGCUACCCCAGGAUAUCUACCAACUCAGCAAGAUGUGCUACGGGUUAGAGUUCCUACAACCGGUAUCAUAGAGUACCCCUUUGACCUAGAGAAUAUUAUCUUCAGAAUGGUGGAUGUUGGAGGUCAAAGAUCAGAACGAAGGAAGUGGAUCCAUUGCUUUGAAAAUGUGACUUCCAUCAUGUUUUUAGUAGCACUUAGUGAAUAUGACCAAGUUCUGGUGGAAUCUGAUAAUGAGAACCGGAUGGAAGAGAGUAAAGCUCUCUUUCGAACCAUUAUCACUUAUCCAUGGUUCCAAAACUCUUCUGUUAUCCUUUUUCUCAACAAGAAAGAUCUGUUGGAAGACAAGAUCCUAUAUUCCCACCUUGUUGACUAUUUCCCAGAGUUUGAUGGCCCACAGAGGGAUGCACAGGCAGCCCGUGAGUUCAUUCUGAAGAUGUUUGUGGAUUUAAAUCCAGACAGCGAUAAAAUCAUCUAUUCUCACUUCACGUGUGCCACAGACACAGAAAACAUCCGUUUCGUCUUUGCAGCUGUCAAGGACACCAUCCUACAGCUCAACCUGAAGGAGUACAACCUGGUUUGACCUGCUCUGCUCUUGGCCCCUUGAGAGGCUUCGUUGUGAAGAAAAGACAAAAAAAGAAAUUUUAAAUAUGACAGGAAAAAAGUUUUAAUUUUUGAUGAUGUAAUGAUUGCAAAUUGUCUGAUCUGUGGAGUGGCAAGUGCUCAGUGUUAUCCUGGAGUCUCAUGUCUCUGUCCACAGAGUAGUUGAUUUCAUAUUUUUAACAAAUUGCUUUUAUUUCACAGUUAACGGGGAUAUGCCUCAGUUCUUCAGCACCUUGCUUACUUCUUAAUUUUUGCCAAACAGCUAAGGCAGUCUCAUCUUGAGCUUUCCUUUGUUGCUUAGCCACUUUUUUUUCCCCCUUUUCAUUCCCAGGGUAUAUAUAGAAAAAAACCCCCAACUUUCCAGCCGAGAUUGUGAAUUCACUGGACUGUGGGAGUGCAGAAUGCUACUGGUG